GUCCUGGAAUAUAUAAACCAGACUUAGAAAAUAAGUGGGACAUAGCAAAUUCUAUUAUGCGUGCAGUUGCAUGGGGUCUGAGUGAGAGGCAAUAUGAAACAGCUGAUUGUGUCUUCCCUCCUUGUGAUGUUCUUCCUAACUCCAUCUCUGGCCCUGAUGAACAUCAGUGACAGCCAUCCUCUGGAUGGCUCUGUUGGGACUCAGAGCAUCCAUGUCAAUGCCUUCCGAGGUAUGGUCUACAUCCGAGACAACAAUGUUUUGAGUGAAUGGUAUGGAGUCUUGGACUACAAGAAUGCCCUCUUGGUGGCUAAGCUGUAUAGCAAGAUGGCUUGUGUCUUGGCCAAGAUGGACCAAGCUGCCUUUCCAACUUUGGAUGACAUUAAGAAGGCCCUGGACCACCAGGCUUUAAAGCAUUACCCACCCACUCGCGGCCUUACCUACACUGUCCUAACCAGCCAGGUCAAGAACUUAGCACAGUACGGAAUGGCCAUCAAGGACAUGUGCCGAGAGGUCCCUACCUACUUUGCCCAGCAGCAAAAAGAAGGUACUGCACUGGCAAUUGACCCUGAUUCAUGUUUUGAAGUCCAGCUUCUGUCCUUUAUGGGGCUCUCCAUCUGUGGCGAGAUUCCUGGGCUCUGAACUUCCAAGUCGGCCACGUGGAGCACGGACCAACCUAGUGGGGUGAUUGGCCUGAAACCAGCAUGUAGAGCCUCAAUGCUCCCCCUCUGCCAAUAAAAAAAAUCUUCAUUUCCACCUUCUCCCUUUCGUCCCCAGAUUCACCUUUGUAAUCUGGAAAAUUUGGUACUAUUUCUCCUUCUGGGUUAGAACAAUAAAGUUUCUUGCCUCACUGCUCUGGCA